AUGGACGCCGCCGCCGACACCGCCUCCCCGUCCGACUCCGGCCAGGAGGAGCAGGCGCGCCACAGGACGGUCUGCUCGGAGCCACCCAAGCGGCCCGCGGGCCGCACCAAGUUCCACGAGACGCGCCACCCGCUCUACCGCGGCGUGCGGCGCCGGGGCCGCGUCGGCCAGUGGGUGUGCGAGAUGCGCGUCCAGGGGGGCAGGGGCUACAGGCUCUGGCUCGGCACCUUCGCCAGUGCCGAGAUAGCCGCGCGCGCGCACGACGCCGCCGCGCUCGCGCUCUCCGGCAGCGCUGCCUGCCUCAACUUCGCCGACUCCGCGUGGCGGAUGCUCCCCGUGCUCGCCGCCGGCUCCUCUGGCUUCGGCAGCGCGCGGGAGAUCAAGGAAGCCGUCGCCCUCGCCGUCGUCGCGUUUCAGCUAUGCCCAGUCGCGGAGUCCUCCCUAGCCGCGGAGACGGACGUCAACGGCUCGCCCACGCCCACCGCUCUGUUCUACAUGUCAUCCGGAGACCUGCUGGAGCUCGACGAAGAGCACUGGUUCGGCGGCAUGGUUGCGGGGACCUACUACGAGAGCCUUGCGCAGGGCAUGCUCGUGGAGCCGCCGGACGCCGGAGCGUGGGGUGAGGACGGCAGCGUGGCGGAGACGCCGCUCUGGAGCUACAUGUUCCAGUAG